AUGGAGCUGGAACAGAACGUUGCCGCGGCAAUGCAGAGGCCCGAAACGGAUACACGCACGAUAGCACUUUCAGCAGAGUGCUCAGAGUUGCCUAAACAAUCGAAGUGGCAUAGAUUCACCACAGAAACCGCAGCAGAUGAGUUAUCUGCCGGGUCGGAGGACGACACAACUGUAGAGCCUGAUACUAAGUACGUCACACACGUACCGGACUCUGGACCUAACAAGCGACGCCGCAAAGGCUCAAGUGGUGCGAAGUUCGGGACUGCCAGCCGUAGCAACGCGCACACAGGUGUGACCAACAACAGAACAGCCAACCGCAAACAACCAGCCCAGGAGCAACGGGCGCAUACACACAACACACACCACACGACAGGUGGCAACCCUGCCUCAUAUCAUCCACCGCACACAGCGAGUGCUAACACGAGCAUAUGUGAUCCGGAGGAGGACGAUGGAGGUGACUACAACCGAUCCAGACGACACCAGCAGUCUGUGUGUGCGGAGUACCUAUACAUGCAUGACCCACAGCCCACGGAGGGUGGUAGCACCAACACGUAUACUCCAGCAGAGGUUGACCAUGGCGAGGCAAGCGGCAUGGCUCACACACGGGGUAAAGGCCCUAGUGCAGCAGACGGACAACACAUCGACCCAGAGUGUGGUACACACUCCAGCCAGUUGCUACUGGAGAGUGUGCAAAAUAACGGGCUUGAGGCUACGGUGACAGAGAGGGCUAUCCCGGGGUACCGGAACGCCGCAGUGGACAACUAUAGAGGAACUCGUACACGUGGUCGAGGUGGCGUCGCGAGUGCAAGACAGCGACGCGCAUGUGGCACUGUGGUGAGGGAUGGGAAGAGUGUAGCGGAUGACAGUGACGACUUCGAUGACUUGUUGGGAGAUGUGGAUAUACCUACCAACGGCACUUAUAAAGCAGUGGGUAGGGUGCCCUCACUGUUCAGCUCAGCACGUACACCUCAUGGCGGGGCGGGCACACGGUCUGACACUCACUCCAUGUCACAGCCAACAUACGCUAGAGAGCGACAGACGGCAAGUGAGUACCUCCAGCAGCAUACAGGGAAAUCGUUUGCGCGUGCACGCGAUACACACUACUAUGGUCAGGGAGUAGGCACGAAUACAGACACAAACACAGGGCUAAAGCAAGCUAGGCGGGGAAUGGAAACAGGAUUGGGCAGUACACAUACAGGAUCACACUACACGCACACCGACGUACGUGGCACUAACACAGGUACACGUAGUACAGAAUCAGGGACGAUUAGUGCAAACACCACGCUGCUGGGUAAGAGUGGCUCGAAAUGGGCCGAAUUCUGCGAUGAUGGCGGGGAAGAGAGUGACGCCUGGGAGGAAGGGGACGGAGAGAUGCACGAGAAAGGCUUUGUACUGACGGCUGACUAUAGUGAGUCUCCUACACUCCGGAAAAGGUAGUGGACGGGGGUUGCUCAUAGCAGCAGACGUGCGAUAUGCGCCCAUUCCAAGCGAAGAUCAGUGUACUAUAUAAACACACUCACUUUGUUGUGAAAGUCAACUCAUUGACAACCAGCCUCAUGGCAGGAAAUACUAUCUGGAGCGACAGCCGACUAUAAAGGUCCAUAUACUCGCAAAACGGCUAUUGAGGAAGAGCAACAAAUUAAAGUUAUCGGGUAUUAGCACGGAUUGUG